AUGGGCUUUGGAGUCCUCGACACCCCGCCAGGGCAUGUCGCCCCAGGAACUGUCCAACUCGAAGACCUACACCAAGGGCAGGGUUCCGCCGAUAUCAUCUUGGUGCCUGAGCCGUCCAAAUCACCAAGAGACCCCCUCAACUUUCCGCGCCUCAGAAAGGAACUGUAUUUUGUCGCCUUGCUAUUCGGUGCUUGCGCAACUGGCGUCAUAGGCCCCGUGCUUGUCCCUGGGUUCAGCAUCAUUGUAUCUGCAUUCAACGUCAGCCUCACUAAUGUUGCCCUUCUCAACGGCAGUCUCGUCAUGGCUCUCGGCGUAAGCUCGUAUAUCUGCGCUCCUCUGUCGGAGAUAUGCGGGAGACGCCUGGUCUACUUAUCUACAACUAUCUUGCUGGUGGUGAGUUGCAUUUGGGCGGCGUCGGCAAAGUCGUACGACUCCUUGAUGGCGUCUCGCGUCUUCCAGGGCCUUGGUAUGGGCGGAUUCUUUUCCCUGGCCGGCACAACAUCCAUCAACGACGUCUUCUUUGUUCAUGAACGCGGCUUCCGUGUUGGACUCUGGAACUUUGCCGUUAUUGCUUCGGUCAACAUCACGCCUAUCAUCAGCGGCUAUUUAAUUGUCGACCUCGGCUGGCGAUGGAGCUUCUGGGUUCUUGCCAUUACUUUCGGAGUCUGUCUCGCACUCGUCAUAUUCUGCCUCCCGGAAACCAUCUACGACAGGAAGAUUGAAGGUAAUGAUAACGAAAAGGGGGAUGGGAUGGAUAUAUCCGAGGGGCAAAAUCACCCAGUCUCCAAAAGAUCCCCAGCAUGGAAGCGUGUUCUUGGUGUGGAGAUGGUCACAUUCAAGGGAAUUUCCACGCUCCUGGGCAUGAUACUGGCCCCUCUCACUAUCCUGCGUCAUCCAGUUGUCAUCUGGGGUUGCGCAAUGUGGUCUGUUCUCUUCACUUGGAACAUCAUCCAAGGAGCUAUUGCGGAUCAGAUCUUCGCGGCACCCCCGUACAACCUUAGUCCUUCUGACGUUGGUUUGAUUGUCGGCAUUGCCCCAUUUAUUGGCUCAGCGCUGGGGACAAUUGGUGGAGGGUGGAUUUGUGACUUGGUGGCAAAAGGCAUGUCCAAGAGAAACGGGGGCGUCUACGAGCCUGAAUUCCGUUUGGUUGUCAUGCUGCCCAGCUCGAUUACUGUCGUAAUCGGUGCGUUUGGCCUUGGUAUUGCUGUUGAGCAAGGCCUCUCCCAAAUCAAGUGUGCCGUGUUUCUUGCUAUCCUGAAUUUUGGAACGGGGGUUGGAUGCACUGGCGUGGUUGUCUACACCAAUGAUGUAUGUCAAGAGAGAGCUGGAGAGGCAUUCGGACUCGCCAUGUUGGUCAAGAGUGCAUUCGCCUUUGGGCUUACUUUUAUGCUCAACGAUUAUCUCGCAACUCAUGGCGCACUGGUCUUCUUCUCGACAUGGGGUGGGCUCACGAUUGGGGUCAUGUUGACAACGGUCCCGUUGUACGUGUUUGGGAAGAGGAUACGCGCUUUCUCAAAGUAUUCGAGUAUUUUCGCCUCAAUCUGA